AUGUUCUCACCUGAGUUCUUGUGCCUUGGCGCCGCGUGUGAUCUAAUCAAAUGCAGCAAUAAUUCGGACUGUCCGCCGUUCCAUACCUGCACUGGAUAUUCCACAGCUUGGUUCGGUAAAGGAACCGGGCUUUUUGGCGGAAACGGUCUUGGCGUUGGACAGCUGCUGGGGCAGCCUAUACGCGGAUCAGGUGGUUUCCUGUCCGCUAGCCCAGCAGUGGCAGCAGGGAUGAUCGACGGCGUAUGGAGUGCCCUGGCCCCUGAGUUGAAGCCGCCAAUCAAAACCCUGUUCAAUCCCAACUUCUGCGAGCCGUCGGAGCUUCGGCAGCCGUCGAAUAUCGUAACGCCAGGCGGAUACUUUGUGACAGCAGACAUGCGUGCGUGGGCACCUCCCGGUCCACAGCGAGUAGUCGACCUACCCGAGGCCAGCGAGAUUGGAACUCUCUACAACACCCCGUCGGUAAAUGAGGCUUUUUCGUUCAAGUCUACGAGGAUCAACACGGAUUCCGGAGUUCAAGCCACGGGAACUGGAAAAGAGUUCAGUUCCCGACGGACGCAUCCGCAGGCCUCCAUCAAUGGAGGGUUGAUUCAAUACGAGCUUGACAUGAAUCACCAAGGGCAAGCUGUGAUGGUCGCAAAGUCUGUCUAUGACGAGCCGAACAACACUGUCAAGGCAGAUUUGUCAUUCGACGACACGAGUGAGUCUGUAAGGAAAGAAGCACACGCGCACCACAACCACUCAACGAGAGGAGCAGACAUGUCGAAGUCUCCUGCGGGUGAGAUCACGACGGACUCACCAUUCAGGCCUCGCGCGUACAAAGAGGUUCGUUCGACGCUUCGCGAGACAGACCCGACGAUAAUCGCUCCGAGAGAUGCGGAUGCGGAAGCCCACAACGAUGACCAGGAGUCUCCGGCAGGUGCGCCUCCUGUGAUAAAGCCAUCCGCACGGGCGGAUAGGAUGGACGGUCUUCCACCUCCGAAUAUUUCGCUGACGCAGAGAGAUAAACAGCGCAUAGAGAAACGUAGUCUGCCGACACCUGCUUCAGCACGAGCCCACGCUCCUGAGACGACGGUCGAGUCAGCCCUUAUGCACCAGAUUCAAUCGCUCGAUGACAAGCAAGUUGAUGCCCUGUUGGCCAGGCUGCUAGGAGAACCUUCGCUCCCUGAUGGAGAGUCAGGAUCGGGCUCUGGCAGGGUCCGACUACUCCGAACCCUGCAAGAGACUGAACAGACGAAGACUCCAGAGGGCUUGGAUGUGCUCUUCGAUUUGGCCCAGCUUGCUGCUGAGUUGCUCCCCCUGAAUAAAACUCCGUUACUUGGCUCAGUGGGACUGCAGAACCCCGCGCAGUUUGGUAUGAAUGUCAUGAAUGCAAAAUGGGAGGCUCAGAUUAAGUGUCUUAUCCCAGUUGCAGUCGCCUACUCUCCGUUGGGGACUGUGAUUCUGGAUCUGUCAAAUCGCAGCGAGUCGCCCUCGAUAAUACGAAACGACUUAUUCGAAGCCUUCAUCAAGGGCAACCACGACAACAACCGAAAACCUUUGGUGUCUGUCGCUGAGGUAUCCAACAUGAGGGACGUCCGCCGCGACUUCGUCUUCAUAGUUUGCAGCCGGCCCGGUCGAUACAUCUCCAAGUUCGAAGUUUCAAUCUCUUUCGCCGGCCAAGAUGGAAAAGUGGGCAACGUAUGCCCCGUAGAAGUCCUGUGCGAGGAGAGCACAGAGAUCCCGGCGUCUGAGCUCGCUCUUCGCUUCGAGACGAUCACGGAAGAACAGGAAGAGGAACCGCCCAAUGAAGAGAAGGAGAAGAAGAAGAAAAAAGAGAAAAGGGAGAAGAAGGAGAAAAAGGAAACAAAGAGGGAAAAGGGCAGGAAGGAAGAAACGGAAGAACUGCAGGAAACAGAUGAGGCACCAUUCUUGGAGUCAUUUGAGCCUAUCACGCAGCCGCAAAUAUCAGCGUAA